AUGGGUGAUUCUCUCACUGAAGCAGAGGAAUAUGAGUCUUCCUUAGAUCAUAUUAACAUUUAUACUGACCAUGCUGACAAAUCAUUACAGGAAAUAUCAAAUUUUGAACAUUCCUUUAAUUCUGUGUCUCAAAAUAAUGCAUCUGGUGAUAUAUUCUCUUUUCGCGAUGAUACACCACCUGCCAUUCGUGCGCCCACCGUUUGCGAUGAAGAUUUGUAUGAAUAUUUCAGUGAACAAAGCAAUAGCAUUAGCAAGGAGGUUUCACUUAUUUCAUCUGAUUUGCACACAAGUGGGAGUUCAACAGAUUCACAACCGUUUGGAAAUGUGCACUUUAGUGAACCCUUGAUGACCAGUACUCCAAAGAAAUCAAAAAGUAAGUCAUUCUUUUCAAAAACUUUCUUUUGUGAAUGGUCUUUAAAGCUUCAGAAGAAAAAAACAUCGAAAGCUACACUGAAAAAGGCCACUGCAGAGCAGUGUGAUUGUCCAAAGAGAUGCACAAGUAGGACAUUUUACUCUAAAGAGAUGAUAGAGGAGUGCCAUUAUGCAUUAUGGAGUUUAAAUCCAAAGGACAGGACACAUUGGUUCAGAAAAAAAUUUGAAGAUUUCCAAAGUUUAAGGAGAGGAAAAUUUGUCUUCAAGUUAAGGGGUCAUUCUGUCUGCCUCAGGAGCUGGUUAAUUGCCCAUGGUCUUUCAAAAUCCAUCUUCUAUAGACAAAGGAGGAUAUGGAUGAAAAAAGAAGUUCCAAGUCAUCGACAAGCAUCACUGGGAGAGAAAAAAAUGGAAGCACUGAAUUGGUUUGGAGAGUAUGUAGCAUCAAGGGGAGAGAAUCCUCCACAUGUUCAAGAGAUCUGGCUUCCUUUUGGACUUCGUAAGAAUGAAAUAUAUCAAGCAUAUAAAAUGGAAAUGGAGCUGGAUGAUAAAGAGUGUGUAUCAUACCAAACCUUUCUGAACAUCUGGAAUGAUCAUUACUCGCAUGUAAGAAUAAAACAGAGUAGCUUAUUCACAAGAUGUACAACAUGUGACAAACUUGACAGGGAGUUGCAUAAACAAUUGAAUCCAGAGAAAAAAAGAAGCAUAUUGACUAAGAAACAAGAUCAUCUUCACAGGCAAAUGAAGGAAAAGACAGCAUAUUAUAGGAGAAAGGUUGUAAGCAGACGCAGGCCAGACAAGUACCUUAGCUUAAUCAUUGAUGGAAUGGAUCAAUCUAAAACAAACAUUCCCCAUUUCAAGGGAAGACAAAGUAAGGAAUUCGCAGCUACAAGACAAUUAAAUGUUCACGUGACUGGGGUCCUAAGCCAUAGUCGCAAUAAGAAGAUUCUGUACACAGAUUUCCACCAGUAUAAGCAUGAUUCCAAUCUAACACUGAAUGUUCUUCUUAAAGUUCUUUGGAAUCAUUCAAAGGGAAAACCAUUGCCACCUGUUCUGUAUCUUCAAGCAGACAACUGCUUUAGGGAGAACAAAAACAAGUAUGUACUCUCUUUCUUGGAACUGUUAGUCAGAAGACGGAUUUUUUACGAGGUUCAGUUAUCUUUUCUACAUGUGGGCCAUACACAUGAAGAUAUAGACCAAAUGUUUAGUGUUAUCGCAGACCAUUUGAGGCAUAAGGAUGCUACAACUUUACCAGUACUUAGCAACAUUCUCUAUGAUGCAGAAGAGCUCGGAGGUUGUUUUGAUAUCUCGGGUUGGUUAAGUCCUCAUCUAAGAGGUGUUAAACAUCACACAAGGACAAAUACAUUCAGAUACAGACUGAAUGAGGAAACUGGGGAUAUCAACAUUUAUUAUCGCAAAAAUGUUGACCAUUCUUGGAAAGCACUGCAUGGAAGCUUUUUUAAUCAAAAAUCAGAUGGCUCUGUCAGCAUGCCAACAAGACAACCCGCAGUGUUAAAUGCAACAUUUGAAAAAAUUGACAUCCCUAAUCUCAGAAAGAACAUGAAGAUUUGGAAAAAUAUGAUGUCAGAAGAAGAUAUUGCGUGGUGGGAGAAUUUUCUCAAAACCUUAGAUGAGACAUCAAACAACCCACGAAACUACUCAAGAACAGGAGCUGUUUGGGGCCUAUCAAAGAUUCCGAAGUAUGCUCAAGAGUCACUUGAAAAUGAUGACGACCUUUCUGCAGUGCCAGAGCAUCUUCAGCGGAUUCUAACAGAGGAAGAGGAAAACCCAGAUGUAUAUUUUAGUUAAUUUUGAAAAAAUGGUACAUUUACAUUUUUAGCUCACCUGAGCCGAAGGCUCAAGUGAGCUUUUCUGAUCGAAUUUGUC